AUGGGACUUUGGCAGCAAUCGGUGGUGAAGUGCGCUGACAACUGCGGCAUCUUCAAAGCUGUAAUCAUCGGAAUGCCGAAGUGGCAUCACUCACGUGGUCGAGUGGGCUACGCCUUCCGCAUGGCUGUUCGAGACAAGAGUCGUGAGUAUCGAGGAGAGAAGCUUCCUCGAGGAAUCAUAGUGAGGACAAAACAACCAAUAAAACGCAAGGACGGAUCCACCAUCAAAUUCGAUGAGAACGCCUUUAUAGCGAUCAGUAACAACAAGCCUCUGGGCAACAAAGUGAAGGGCCCUGUAACUUUUUUUCGACUCAAGAUUUCUAUGACGUCCCAGGACAACGUUGUUCGCUUUGGUGGAGUCCCAGAGCAUUUUAAUGCCCCGUUCCAACGCUUACUGCAGCGCCAAGCUAAACUUGAUUCAUCUGCCUGUGCCCCUCAGUUGGCUUGGAGAACAUAUCCUGGUGGCAGCGGAGCGAUGCUGAAGGCUGUAAUCUCCAAGGAGGUGGAUUGCGCAUGCGUGCUCACUGAGUCAGCUGUUGCCCACAUCAUUAAGAACUCAGGCAAAGACGCCAGAGACCAGGUCAGGAUUCUCGGUAAGAUCAGAAGGUAG